AUGAGAGAAACAUCAGCCCGCGACUCGAUUACCACAAACGCAAGAACCUUGCCUGUAACCCUCAUAAUCCCGGGUCUUUGCCACCUAGUCGACUGCUUCAUUGUUUGCCGUUUCGGCCGUAAUCUCAGGAUAUCCAAUAUGAGCCACACGACAGGACCACCUGGAGGGCUUGCUCCAGACGCAUCCCUACCAACCGACACCAGAGCGCCCUUGGUCAUCGGCAUUAUGUCAAUGUUCAUUGCCAUAGUGGCUGUCUUUAUGGUCAUCCGGAUCUACAUCAGGGGGUACCUUUUGCGAGGAUGGGGGUUAGAUGACUCCAUGUUCAUUUGGUCUUCGAUUCUCGUGAUUGUCCAAGGUGCAACAGUACUAUGUAACGUGAUCUACGGAAGUCUUGGAUCGCAUAUCUGGGAAUCGUCAGCUGAAGAAUUACAGCAGGAUCCCCGCUACUUGGUAACGGCAGUUAUCAUGUAUCAAUUGGCUUUCGCUUGUAUCAAAGCAACCUUCCUCCUCCAGUACCGUCGAGCCUUUGCACUGCCUCACAUAACUUUAUUCUGCGACAUAUUCUUGGGAAUCAUGUUCCUGGCACUGUCGGGGCUGCUGAUUUCUGCCAUACUUGUCACAAAGAAUUUUCUGAAACCCGCGACUAUCCCAGACCUGGGGGAUGGACCGUUCCUUAGAUUCAGCUAUGUCAAUGCCGCCGUGCAUCUCUCAACAGACGUCGUCAUCUUCAUACUGCCACUGGCACUUGUAGGAAAGCUGCGCCUUGCGACGAUGCAGAAAGCUGGCCUGAUUUCCAGCUUCGGGGUCGGAAUCUUCACCAGCGCAAUCUCGGUAUUGAGGAUCGUCAGCCUGCCUUCUGCCACCAGCGGCGACGAUGCGGUCUAUCAAGCCGUUCCGCUGGUUCUCCUGAGCAUGGCCGAGCCCACGUCUGCAGUCGUCUGUGCGUGCGUUCCGAUCAUGCGGCCGCUUCUGGCGUGUUCUGGUACUUCGAGAUAUAGCAGUCAAGGCUCGCGAAGACCUCUGCCAGGGGCGACUGACGAUUCGGCGGGACAAAGACGACAAACACCCAGUGUGCCUCCACAAUCACCCACAAGCACGAUAAGUCCAUUGGUGGCACAAAUGACACACAUAUCGACUGUUGCGGGGAGCACAGGUGGGGAUUUGGAAGGAAAUAUCUCGAGCCAGCGGGCCAUAGGGAGCAUCAACGCAAGGAACCCUCUGACCAUGCACCUAUCUUCACCCACCAGACCGGAGCAGGGCUCAUGA